AUCUCCCAGCAUGCUCAGUUAACACGCAAUUCAUGACGUCAGGCAAAGCUUUCCCUCAUCAUGGCGGCGCCCGAAGUUAAACACGAGUGUGAACCGGAGGCUGAAACACAAGAGGAAAAAACGUUUCGGGAUUUGGGGGUGACUGAUGUUUUGUGUGAAGCUUGUGAGCAGCUGGGAUGGAAACAGCCAACGAAAAUCCAGAUAGAAGCAAUCCCAGUGGCCUUAAAUGGUCGCGAUAUAAUCGGUUUGGCUGAGACUGGGUCGGGGAAGACUGGCGCCUUUGCCUUGCCAAUCCUGCAGACGCUUCUGGAGAAUCCUCAGCGCCUUUAUGCUUUGGUCCUCACACCCACCAGAGAGUUAGCGUUUCAGAUCUCAGAGCAGUUUGAAGCUCUAGGCUCAUCCAUUGGUGUUAAAAGUGCUGUUAUUGUGGGUGGAAUCGAUAUGAUGUCUCAAGCUCUGGCCUUGGCGAAGAAGCCUCAUGUGGUCAUUGCUACUCCUGGGCGCCUCAUUGACCAUCUAGAAAAUACCAAGGGAUUCAGCUUGCGCGCCCUUAAAUACCUGGUGAUGGAUGAAGCUGAUCGCAUUCUUAAUAUGGACUUUGAGACAGAGGUGGACAAAAUUCUAAAAGUAAUUCCACGUGACCGCAAGACUUUCCUUUUUUCCGCCACAAUGACCAAGAAGGUGCAAAAGCUACAACGUGCUGCGCUGAAAGAUCCUGUAAAAUGUGCUGUCUCUUCUAAGUAUCAGACCGUGGAGAAGCUUCAGCAAUAUUAUAUCUUCAUCCCAUCCAAAUUCAAGGACAGUUAUCUUGUCUACAUUCUGAAUGAGUUGGCCGGAAAUUCCUUUAUGAUUUUCUGCAGCACCUGUAAUAACACUCAGCGAGUGGCCCUCCUCUUGCGUAAUCUAGGCUUUACAGCCAUUCCUUUACAUGGGCAGAUGAGCCAGAGCAAGCGCCUGGGGGCGCUUAACAAGUUCAAGGCUAAGACCCGCUCCAUCCUCCUGGCCACUGAUGUUGCGAGCCGUGGUCUUGAUAUUCCACAUGUGGAUGUUGUCAUAAACCUUGACAUUCCCACACACUCUAAGGAUUACAUACACCGAGUGGGCAGGACAGCUCGGGCUGGGAGGUCUGGGAAAGCCAUCACAUUUGUGACACAGUAUGACGUUGAGCUGUUCCAGAGAAUCGAGCACCUGAUUGGGAAGAAGCUUCCAGACUUCCCUACACAAGAGGAGGAAGUGAUGAUGCUGAAUGAACGAGUAUCUGAGGCACAGAGAUUUGCCCGCAUUGAGUUACGAGAACAUGGAGAGAAGAGAAAGCGUCCACGGGAGGAGGAGGCCGAGGACACAGAAGCCUCUUUAGGAGUUAGAAAGAAAGUAUCUGGAGGCAAAUUCAAAAAGAAGGUUCACUGACAAAACAUGUAAAUAUCUUUUGAAAAUGGCAUGUGAUCUUUGCCUUAGUGCCCAAGAACAUCUAGGCCAUGAACUGAGCAAACAUACUACAGCCUCCACAUGUGUCUUAGGUUGUGUGUGACGGUGGGAACAGCACAAAUUAUUGUGAACGUGCUACAUCCUCUGAUUAAGACAAUAGCUUUACCUAUGAACUGCAUCAUACCGUCACAUGAACGUUAUCUUCCAGGUUCUCUUUUGUGAUCCAUCAGCGGGCACCUGUCUAUGCGCUCUUGUCUCAGCCCGCAAUUGUAUGUUCUAUCUUCCUUUUGCUAUUUAAGUUUCCUGGUAACAGUCAAUAAAAAUGUUCUACCUUUCUUAA